GACGUUUACUGACUUAGGUGCAAAGUUGACGCGGCUCAAAUUUCAGAUGUCGGAGAGACAGAUUGCGACGUCGAUUAUGUAGGCCCCCUAGUAGUUUUUAGGCGCAUCGUCGAUUGUGAAUGCAUAUUGGUUUCCUAGCUUAGCUGAACAUAAAUCUGGACGUGGGCAGGUAGGAAUCAUAAAGGAGAAGAACACUUGGACUCUGAAAGACUUGCAAGUUAGAAUGAUCAUGGCACCCAUAAUUGCUGCAUUGCAUCCUGGGAGCCUUCUUUCACUGUUGAACAUUGCCGUAGCUGUCAUCAACAUUGUUCAGGGGCAGCCGGCCCAGCCAAGCUUUGCCGAGGAGCCAGCAGACACGACUGUGGUUGAGGGAGGCGAGGCUAUCCUGCGCUGUGUCAUAAAUGACAUGGAGACUGGGACGGCUGUGCUGUGGACCAAAGGCAGUACCAACACCCCACUGGGGUUUGACACGGACCUCCCCGGCUACCCACGGUAUAGCGUCAUUGGUGACCCUGCAAGUGAGGGCAAUCUCCGGAUCAUUGAUGCACAGUUGGAGGAUGAUGACACAUAUCGCUGUCAAGUUCCUGGACUCCGCUCUGCUGAAGCCACUCUCACGGUCCAAGUGCCUCCAGAUCCACCCACGCUGGAUAAUUACGAGAACGGCACCCAGAUCACCGUGGACCCACCAGCAGCGAUCACCCUGACCUGCCGCACCAACAAUGGCCGGCCCGAGGCAUCCAUUACUUGGCAAAAGAACGAGGACCCAGUGCUGUACAUCCAGCCCACCACGUCCGUAGAGAACUCAGGCGAUCCGCUGGGUAAGAAGAAGAACUUUGUCAGCACGCUGACGCUCAACCCGGAGAAGGAGGACAAUGGGGCCGUCUACAAGUGCGUGGUGGAGCAUCCGGCUCUGGUCAAGCCACACUUUGUCUCAGUGACAGUGAAUGUCAGAUUUCCCCCUGGUCCCCCGCUGAUCACCGGUUACCAGCAAGGUGUAGCAGUGCGGCAAGGUGAUCUCAUCCAUCUGGACUGCGCUUCCAGAGGAGGAAAUCCACUGGCUGAGGUUUACUGGUGGAAGAACGGAAUUCAGAUGGACCACUCCUAUGUCACUGAUGGCGCAAGUGCACGGAACACGCUGCCCAUAAUAGUGGGUUACAGCGACAUCAAUGCAGUCUACAAAUGCCAAGUCAGCAGUGUGGUACUGCCUGAGCCUCUCACUGCUCAAGUACAGUUCACCGUCUACUUUCCACCAGCAUAUGUUAACAUUACGGGCCACGAGGAAAUGGUGAACUCUGGAGCUACCAUAACAUUGCAGUGUACCUCAGCCAACAGUAACCCCAGCGCCACCAUCUCCUGGUACAGUGGCGGUCAGCAGGUCAGUUCCUCUCCGGACGUAGUGUCGCCUGCUCCCAACGGUGGGUACAUCACCAGGCAGAACCUGACAGUCACGCUGACGGCCCAGACGGACAGCAUGGACUACAUGUGUCAGGCCACCAACAUGGAGCUCCAUGAGUAUGCCAAUUACGUGGCCACUGUCAGUGUCAUGUAUCCACCCCAGCACCCGGUCAUCUCGGGCUACGAGGAGGGGCGUGAGGUCAAGGCCGGCAACCUGCUGCGCCUGACCUGCAUCGCGGUGGGCGGCAACCCGCUGGCCACCUUGACCUGGCAGAAGAACGGCCAGGACCUGGAGGGUAACUAUGGCACCAGCGGCCAGCUGGCCACCAAUGAUCUACCUAUCAUCCUGGAGCAGACGGACAACAAGGCUAACUAUAGCUGCAGUGCCUCCAACCAAGCCACACCAACCCCACUGGUGACGCAGGUCUCACUGGAUGUGCUCUUUCCUCCUGAGAGAGUUUUUGUAACUGCUGAGCCGCCCCAGUCCAGAGAGGGCGACAGGGUGGUUGUCAAAUGCCGUACUGCGAGCAGCAGCCCGGCCAGUCAACUCUCCUGGUGGAAGGACGGGGUCCCAGUGGAAGGUGGUGAGGCAGUUGUUGAGCCCUCGGAUAACAGUGGGUUCUCCACCAGCAGCGAGUUGGUUAUUGAAAGCGUUUCCCUGUCCGACAAUGGCCGUGUCUUCCUCUGCCGUGCCAUGAACGACCUGAUCGUGGAGGCGGUGAACGACGGUCUUAUCAUGGAUGUCAGAUUCAAGCCCCAGAUCAGUGUCCCGGACCAGGUCACCCUCAGCACCCGCGAGGGGCCAGGCCUGCAGAUCCUCAACUGUACGGCCACGGGCAACCCCGAGACGCUGACCUACCUCUGGCACCAGAACGGGGUCCCCAUCGCCCUGGAGGGGAAUCCUCACUUCGCCGUCAACGAAGCUGGCUCGCUGUUUGUCCACAACGCCACCCGAACGGAGGUGGGCAAGUACAUGUGCGUCGUCAGCAAUGAGGAAGGGAGCAGUAAUGUCACGAUGACACUCGACGUGCAGUAUUCGCCCAUCAUCACCACGGGGGACCAGAUCGUCAUCAACCUGUUCUCCAUCAGCGAGCUGGCGUGUGAGGCGGACGCCAGCCCCAAACCGCAGGGGUUCAUCAGCUGGUCCCGCGAUGGGUUUGACCUGAGCCACCAUCAGGUGGAGUACAGCGAGGGGCGGGGUAUCCUGCGCAUACUCAACGUGUCUAAGGCGGACGGAGGGCUGUACACCUGUACAGCCAACAAUGGCAUUGCCCCGGCCAUCACCAAGAACAUACAAGUGGUCGUGCAGUUUAUGCCAGAGGUUGACCGUUCCGUUCCCAACAAGGUGGCCCAGAGCACUGGCCAGACAGCGGUGCUGCGAUGCCGGGCAGAGGGAGCCCCCGUGGUCAGAUUCAAGUGGUUUCAAAGAGGUUUAGAGGUGAAUGUGACCAGUGACCAUUACACCUUUGACACCCGUCAAGACCUGACCUACUCCAAUCGCUACGAGAGCCGUCUCUACAUUGGCCCUGUCAACGAGGACUACGACUACGGCAGUUACGUCUGCAAAGCCUACAAUGAUCUGGGAGAGGCCACCUUUUCCGUUCAGCUGGAACAGACUAGUGCACCCGAAGCGCCCUUUGACCUGGAGGUGGUAACAGUCAAGCACGACUCUGUCAAACUCAGGUGGCAACCAGGCUUUGAUGGAGGCCGUCCCCAGACCUUCCAGGUGCGUUUUAACCAGAAGGGCAACCUGCAGUACCAAUACGUGGACGUGGUGCCGCCCAAUGCUACGUCUUACACCAUCACCAACCUCAACCCGGAGACGGACUACGAAUUCACCGUACGAGGACGUAACGACCUGGGCACAGGGACCUACUUCCUGGGCAUUGUCUCAGCAACGACCAAAACCGCACCGAGCCAACCUAUUCCUGAUGGCCCAUCAGGCAUCCUGGUGGGUAACAUCCCCCUUUACCUCUUCCUCCUGGUCACCUUCCUGAGUCUCCUCAGCUGUGUCUUCAUCAACAUCUUCCUGGUCUGCUGUCUCAUCAAGCGACGCACCUCGAGGAAGCGACGCGCAGCUAAGGUCUCAGACGUCAAAAUGAAGAAGAUUGGAUCGGAGGUUUCGGAUAAGGAGAGUGCUACUGUCACUGAGACCAUAGAUUCCAUGUCUCACCGUGACCGCUCCGAGUACUCCAAAGACCCGUACUCUGACGACGAGCAUAGCUAUGAUGACCGUCAUUAUGAUGACCGCGGCUAUGGAGACCAGCGUUACGACGACUACAGCGACCGCAGCUACAGUGACCAUUACGAUGACAGCGACCGCCAGCCCAUUACACCCUCACGGAGGGAACCGGGCUCAGGAUACCACAAUGCCGGGUACCGACCACCCUCCUAUUCAGCCAGCUGGGAAAGCUUUGGUCGGUCCCCAAGCGUCAUGACAGACCAGGUGAGCGAGGACCAGGAGGAGCGCGACUACGCCAAUCAACUGCGUCGCAAGCAGGCCCAGCUGGCUACCCACCCGCCCCCUUCCACCACCAGCAGCAGCAGGCCCUACGAGUUCCAGUCCUCAGUCACCCCUAGCCCUGUGCCCAGUAGCCUGGGCAACUUUGUGACGCUAACCAAGGCCGGCAAGCCACCGGCCAGCCAGGCCGGUAGCGAGGAGGGAUUCCUGGUGUGAGCUGGAUGGGUUGAUGGAGGAGAAACUCAUUGUGUGGGAAUGCGGAGAAUGAGUAAUUGACAGCUGGGCAUUUUUUUAAGAGACGGUACUGGGGUGUGCCCAGUGUUGGAACCAACAGGAACUAAAUGGGACAAAAAUAAAGUCACAAUAUGAAAUAAAUCUGUGAUGAGUAGUUGUGUCUGUCACAACAUUUCAAGGGUAAUAUGAGGUCCUUUUAAUAGUUGCCAGAGCCAAAACUCCUUUGAAACUGUGAGAGAUGAGUGUCGAGUUCUGAAAUUUCUGUGCUUGGGACAGAAUGUCUAAAAUGUGCACCUUCAGUGGCAGGUCUUGAAUUAUGCGAACCAUCACAGGGACCUCAAACAUUUUGUCCUUGGCAAAGAGAUUCUGGACAUUUGUGACCGGAUCUUCCAAGAUGCAUCUUCAGAGGUUUUUGUUUGGUUGUUUGUGUACAGUAAUGUCGUUUUAGUUUCAAUUCAAGCAAACCGAGCUUCAAGUUUUAGUGUAUCACUCACUAUUGACAAUACUGUGUUUUUGUCUUUUUUAAUGACAUUGUUUGCAUACUUUUAGAAUGAGGGAAAUGAGUCACGUCUAUUUUUCUGCUGAAUGAGAGAGGUGUUAUACAUGUGGCUCAGAUACUGUUAGUCAAGGGCUGUUAACAGGUGUUAAGAAAAUGGCGACAGUUACACGUAGAUUGGUUUGAUAGAAUAACAGUUUUAUAAGGGACCACCGAUCUUGCCAUCACAAUGCAAUAAAUGGUUUUUAGUGUACAAUUUCUGAACUUGCCAUAGGGUUCAAGAUUUAAAAACUCCUUGACUUUGUGAAUUUUCCAAGGAGUACUUUUCAUAUUUACCUACAUGUACAUCUAGGUCAGAAUUAAGUUCCACUGCUGCCUAUUUCAGUGAGUGGUAUUACUGUUAGUCAUUUCAUCCGUCAAUCACGAGUCAUCUAGUCUGGAAAUACCAGAGCCUAUUCACAGCCAUUUCUUGGUCACUACUCAUGCCUUGUGACAACCUGGACCCAAUUUCAUGGUGCUUCAUAAAUAGUAGCCAGAAAAGUCGUGCUUACUAUAGCAAAAAGUUUUGCAAACAGUAAGCACUAUUUCAUGGCAGUGCUUGGCGUCCACAUAGAGAUUUCUGAGGUAACCUUGUCUUUUGUCGUGCUUAAAUGCUUAGGCCUCUUCAUGAAAUACAUGGAACCUCUGUUAAUUACAAUUGUGUGCUUCGCCAUGCCAUGAAAUUGGGCCCUGGCUCGACUCAACUACAUGCAAAAUUCAACUUGCAAUCUGACUUCAACAUGUGUUUCCAGAUCUAACUUGCGAUUGACUCCACCACAGUUCGGAUACAAGAACUGGUCUAAUGUUUACCUGAUUAGCUGGAGCUAAAACUUUUGAAGUCUCAGAUACCACGACUGUAUUUGUUCUUCAGUUCUUUUCAUAUGACGAGCCUUACCACUGAACAGUGCAUUCCAGUGUGUGACGGAGGACAAGUGGGAGAACUGAACAUGAAAUGAAUUUUUGUAUAAACUGUGAUUCUUUGUGAUACAGAUGCAUGGACAACAACAUAUUUUUAAUCACUGCAUUUAUCGUUAUCUCACAUUUAAAUAAACAGUGCAUUAUUAAUUAACAACCACCAAGGUUUUUGUGUACAUAGAAACUUCGUUUGUUAGCAGUUCAGUUUUUGUAUAAGAAAUACAAAUAUCUUUCACUUUUGUACAAACAUCUUGUACAUGUAAAAAUUGGAAAUGACCGCCUUAAGUAAAUGUGUGUUAUAAACUCCUGUUUUUCUAACAUUCACUGUUUUCUUACUUAAAUGCUUGCCUUUCGUUUCGUCUGUUAGUUUUGUCAGUUAAAGUUUGAAACUAUAAAUCAUGUAGCACGCAACUUUUAUGUCUUUCUACUUUAUAUACAAUUCUGCUUUAAUCCUUUUGCCAUUUUAGUGAAAUGAAUGUAGUUGUUAGUGAAUUGAUAUUUGGGUCAUUCCACUCUCAAUGGGGGGAUACAAAAGUAUGACAUAGGAAUGGAACAUAAAUCACAAUAAUAUCCAGAGAUUUGUCCUUUGUUCAACAUGCAGCACUUUCCCACCCCAUUGUUGAGGAUUAAGCUUUCCAAGCAAAGUUCACUUUUUGGGGGUUUGCUUAGAAUGUCAUGUCCAUAACAUGGGAAGAAAGUGUGUUCAUUUUAGCAAAACGUCCAAAUACGGUACACACUUUGACUGUAAUAUUGUGCUUUUUAAUUCUGAUCUCCAUGGCAACGUUACCUGAAGAAAUCACGACAAGUCAGUGUAUUUUGCAGAGUGUUAUGUCCAGUUGUUUAUGUACGCAACAUGAACAGAAACUUGUGACAAAAUUUCGGUCCUUACAUAUGUUGCAUAUAAACUUUGCCGAGGAAAAUACUGUAGUGCUGAUUUUCCUGUUGACAAUCCAAAUGGGGUUAUAAACUUAAAAUGUGGGCUAAUUUGUGCUCAUGAGUGUCCUUGUCAAUUUUCAGCCAUAAUUCUGUCCAUGUAACAUGGAUAAAAUUUUACAGAGAAUUUAGGGGUCAUCACUGAAAAUUAUUCUGUCCAUAAUGUAGCAGAAUUAUUUUCAGUGACCCCUGCAUUCUCUGAAAUACAGAGAAAUUACUAUAAGUGCCCAGAAUGCACAGGGGGGAAUGAAUGCAACGUCAAGCUUUACUGUACCCUCCAGCGUCCCCUGUCCAAUCCCAAAUUUGCAGCCAAUUGUGCUUUGUUAGUGUGGAUUAAGGGCUCAAUUCUUUUAGAAUGCUGUACUCAAAUUCUGCUUAGUUUGUAGAACGCUGCUCGUGUAAAAAGGUUGAAUAAUUAGCCCUUCUGAGUACUUUUCAAUUGUAUUGACUUGUCUGGAAUCCAUUCAGAAUUAUUGCAAGUCACACUUUGUUCUUGUUAAAAUGUAUUUUGUACCAGUAUGCAUACAAACAUUAAAACAAAAUAGAAAAUACAAGAGUUUAAGAGA